AUGAAUGAAGUUGUUGAUAUACCAAGUCAGUAUUGGUUGGAACUAGUUGUGGCAUUCGAUCUUCAGAAUACACAAGAUUCGCAAUUGGACCUUCCAAUAACUCCGAAAGCCUUCAGGUUUCGCAGCUUUGUGAAAGUCACGAAUUCCCUUUUGAUAGACAGCGGUGCCGAUCACUUACUCUUCUCCUUCUACCUCAAGCAUAUAAAGUCACAAUACGAGAUGUGGAGUGCGAGCAGGAUUACGGUUGUGAAGGUCAUUGGUCCAAUCAAAACUGACAGCUUCCCAUAUGCAAAGUUUAAGGUUGUGCGAGGUUCGUCCAGUCAGAUUGAUGCUGAUAUUGCUGCAGUGUUGCGAAAGAAGCUAAGUGUGCUUCCCAAAGAUAACCCUGAUGGUUUUGACAAGAUGAAACUUGGGAAGAUACAAAAGAACAGAUGGUGUGUGGCUUUUCAAUUGAAGGAGCGAAAUGACGUAGACUUUCAAAAAGUUUGUUUCUUUCUCGAAGACAAACAUUUAUACACCACUUCAUCUCUAGAACAUAUUUUGGACUCCAUUAACAAGCACAUGGGUAACAACAAAGGUGACAAGAAGUGCUUCUCGGAUAUGAUUCAAUGGUAUAUCCAAGUUUGUAAGUUUCUGUUAGGGAUGAGCAAAAGGACCGAACCGGCCCGAACCGGCCCGAACCGAACCGGAACCGGGAACCAGCUUCGGCUAAAAUCAAGAACCGAACCGGCCCAGCGGUUCUAUCGGUUCCCGGUUCCUACCGGUUCUUGCCGUGUCUUCAAAUGUUGGAACCGAAAAUAG